CUAAAAGCUUUCAGAUCUUCUUCUGUUUUUACCACUUCAGGGUGUAUUGUGAAAAAAUGUGUCCAUUAAAAACUUUCUCUGUUUCGGCGGUCAAACUUCCCCGGAAGUCAGCAGAUGCUGACCCGAGCUGCCACCGCAGAAGAAGAAGUUGCUGCUGUUAGCCGUUAGCCGUUAGCUCGUCAACAGUCCACUUUAUCACGGAACCGUCAGAAGCAGCUGACAGCGGAACCGGCGGGAUGGACACCGACACGGCUUCACCGGACGCCGCUGAAGAAUUCGCAGAGGUUCACAUCAAGAUGGAGCCGGACGACGACGUGGAGAUCCAGUCCUAUCACCUCCUCAAGAGGCUGUCCGUCAAACUGACCGACUGCAAGCUGUGGCUGAAGGGGCGGGACUUCCUGUUUCUAGACGACCACCCUCAGCUCGGCCCGCUGAGGUCCAGACACUACAACCUGUCCAACACGGGCAGGAAGAUGGUCUACUGCUUUGAGUGCAACAAAGGCUUCUACAAGAAGACUCACCUGGACGCUCACCUGAAAACCCACCGAGGACACGCCCCCAACACGUGCUGGCAGUGCGGGAAGACCUACCCGACCCUGAUGAGCCUGGUGCUGCACCAGCAGAUCCACCAGCGCUCAGAACCCUACCAGUGCUCGUACUGCGACAGGACCUUCGCCCUAAAGAGGGACUGGAAGACCCACCACCGGACCCACUCGGGGACCAAACCCUUCAAGUGCUGGUUCUGCGGGGACGGCUUCGGCGAGCAGGACGAGCUGACGGAGCACCUGCAGGUGCACGAGGGCGAGAAGUGCUACCACUGCGACGUCUGCGGGAAGAUGUUCGUGUCUCACCAGGGCUUUAACUUCCACCGCCGCUCGCACAAGAGCCCCGCGCUGCUGCCCUGCCUCGUCUGCAACAAGACCUUCAGCAACCCGCAGAGUCUCAAGGUGCACCAGGUCACCCACUCGGACUCAAAGCCUCAUAAGUGCCCCACAUGCGGAAAGGGCUUCAAGCUGCUGGGCGGCCUGCGCAGCCACCAGAGGACCCACGAGGACUCCAAGGACUACCACUGCAGCGAGUGCGGGAAGAGCUUCUCCAGCCUGCAGGGCCUGAAGCUGCACAACCGCACGCACACAGGACUCAAACCCUUCAAGUGCACCGAGUGCGACAAGAGGUUCACCCAGUCGCCCCAUCUCAAGGCCCACAUGGUGACCCACACCGGGGAGAGGCCGUUCCUCUGCACCACCUGCGGGAAGAGGUUCACCCAGUCGUCACACCUGAGGUCCCACAUCACGCUGUUCCACGUGGGCGAGAAGCCGUUCAGCUGCCAGGACUGCGGGAAGAGCUUCACCAUCGCUCACUACCUGAAGAUGCACCGGCUGAGCCACACCAAGGAGAAGCUGUACCAGUGCUCGUACUGCGAGAAGGCCUUCUCCUACCACAACUCGUGGAGGGCCCACGAGAGGAUCCACACGGGCGAGCGCCCGUUCAGCUGCCGGGACUGCGGCCAGAGCUUCACCACGUCGGGCUCCCUGCUGAGCCACCAGAGGACCAAACACACCGGGGAGAAGAGCCACUACUGCUUCACCUGCGGAGAGUUCUUCUUCACCAGCACGCUGCUGCGCGUCCACCAGCUCGACCACACGGGCGAGCGGCCGCACGCCUGCGACUGCGGCAAGACGUUUAAAACCAAAGCUGUGCUGCGCUUACACCUGAAGAGGUUCAUCGACCACCAGCCCGCAGAGUGAACCACACAGCUGAUACGUCUUCAGGGGGCGUGGCCUCGGACAGGAAGUCAGUUACAGGAAGUGAGUUCUGUAGUUUGUCAGCAGGUGGCGCUGCAGCGGUGACAACAUUAAGAUAAGAUGUGUAAGAUACU